AUGAGCUGGAAUGGCGAACCCAAAUCCGUUAAUAUUGAAGGACCAGGUCCAGUACCUUUGACUAUUUGUUCUAAACAAACCGUUACUUGGACGACUACAGGAUUUUCUGCUGAUGAACCAAUAACUUUCGCUAUUCUCGCAGAACAUAAUCCUACCCCACCCUUUAUUGCUGAUUCCACACUUUUUGUUUCAUUCACAAUCGAUGACAAAUUUACUCUUGGAACUAAAUAUGGAAGUUUUAUCGCUCUUAAGUCUGAACCAACGAUUGCUUUUCGUGGUCCAAUUUUCGAAGUAACUGAUGGUGGUAAUUCUAUGGUGGUAAAACCGGAAUCAACUACACCAAGUGCGAAAGCAGUUGUACAUGAAUUACCAUAA